UCGAAUAAGAUUCAAAACCCCUCGAAAGACCCACGAUUUCUGCAGCUGCGGAGAGCGCAUUUCAUCGAGCACUUGGAAGACGACUCCAUUUCCUCUGCAAAAGGAUCUCUCUCGGCGAGGCCCUCGUAGCUUGCUUUUGUGCGUAGGAGAUGUGGGCGACCGCGGAAGGAGGUCCUCCCGAGGUCACUCUCGAGACCUCCAUGGGUUCUUUCACCGUCGAGCUAUACUUCAAGCAUGCGCCGAGGACUAGCCGGAACUUCAUCGAACUCUCUCGGAGGGGUUACUACGAUAACGUCAGGUUCCACCGAAUCAUCAAGGACUUCAUCGUGCAAGGUGGGGAUCCCACCGGGACUGGAAGGGGUGGAGAAUCGAUCUACGGUAAAAAGUUUGAGGAUGAGAUAAAACCAGAACUGAAGCACACGGGUGCAGGUAUCCUGUCCAUGGCAAAUGCUGGACCAAACACCAACGGCAGCCAGUUCUUCAUCACCUUGGCGCCAUGCCCUUCACUUGAUGGAAAACACACAAUAUUUGGACGAGUAUGCAGAGGAAUGGAGAUUAUCAAAAGACUUGGGAGUGUCCAAACAGACAACAAUGAUAGACCGAUCCAUGAUGUGAAGAUAUUGCGGACAUCAGUAAAAGAUUGAUUUCGAGGGAGUUAAUUUUCACUGACUGGGUGUUCUGUGAUACCGUCUUUCAACUGCACAUUGAUCAUGGAGCCAUAUCUGUCCAACAUUUGUAAUAUUGUGCAAUGGCGUUAGUAUCAUCUGAUGCAUGUUAUCGCCGGUCACUUCUCUUCGACAAAAGAUACAUUAUGCAAUGCGUUGAUGCUUUGUCAGGAUUAUGUCAGCUUGGGACAAAUUUGGGGCAAUUUCAUGGCAUAUGAACUCAACAGGAUCUACUCUUGGGAUGAAUGUUAAUUUUCUGGUGGGGUCGAA